AUGCCUAUUCCGGUAAUCAUUGAGAGGUGCGUCUGGCACGUGCUGAUGAUGAUCGGAGAAAGGAGACUGCAAGCAGGAGCUAAAGUGACGCUGUACGCCGAAUGA